AUGGAGCAUAUCUGGGCCAAGGCUUAUAAGAUGAUCCAAGACGACGACGAUCAUUCUCAGCUUCUAGAUAAGUUUGAAGCCUAUGUACAAAAGGCCGGAGAUAAUGACAGAGAGGACAUCUCGAGAACCUCUCACGGUGUUGAAAGACUGAAAGAGAUCCAGAAGCUAGCUGAGAAGAAGCUAGAAGAACUGCCAGAAAACCGAACAUCCUUCGUCAUUGGCGGAAAACGAAUCGUGGUCCGAGAAUCUGUUCAAAAGGCUAUUCGAACGAUCACACAGUUCAAAGCUCUCAUUAGCGGAGCAGUCUCAGCUGAACCUCAUGCGGCUUUGGCGUGGGCUUGUAUCCUGGGCGUUUUACCCAUUCUAGAAAGUAUAUUUCAACAAGACGAAGCAGCAGCGGACGGACUCGGUAAGAUUGUGUUUUUGCUGGUCCGGUACCAAGCCAUUCAGGACACAGUCUUACCUCGCCACUUUGAAGACAGAAUGCAAACCGAGAGUACUCAGCAGCUAGCUGCCAGCAUCGAAAGCAAACUGUUUGUGUUGCAAUAUGGACGCAGUAAAUGGCGCCGGAAUCUGGGAGGUAUUUUCAGGCCUGAAGACUGGAAACAAAAGUGGAACGAAAUUGAUUCUGCCCGGCAGCUUGUCGACCAAGGCAUUCAAGACCGAGUCACUGCUAAAACAUUAGACACAUGGGAGCAACUCAACAAGAUUCAACUAGACUCUACAGAAGUCUUGGAAGCGGUGCGCGAUAUCGAGACGAGGGCUCGGGAGAUCCAAAAUGAACAAAGGUCUAUCAAAGAGAGGGACCUGCUACUUUCGUUACCCGUCGCUUCAAAAGCUAUCUUUGACUCGACUGAUGUUCUCGGAGUUGAAAACCCUUGUCUUGAAGGUACCCAACGGGCCAUUCUUACCGAGAUACAUGAAUGGGCCGAGGAGCCCACAGCCGCAAUGAUAUUUUGGCUUCAUGGCCUCGCCGGAACUGGGAAGUCAACUGUUGCUCUCACCGUUGCAAAUGCGUUGAAACGGAGGAUGCCGUUCACAAGUGGUAUCGACGCACCUGAAAGAGCGUUCCUUGGUGCCAGCUUCUUUUUUAAGCAAAGCGAUGCGUCACGAAACAGUAUCCAGGCCUUUGUUCCCACUGUGGCUAUAUGUCUGGCAGAAGUGUUUCCAGACUUCAAGUCCCUUGUUGCUAAAGCGAUCGAAAAGAACUCAGCGAUCGGAACGAAGACCCCACAGCAGCAGCUUGAGACUCUGAUUGCUAAGCCUUUCUCAGUCCUGGAUGAGCGGUCACUGGUACCGCUACGAUUGAUCAUUGUCAUAGACGCCCUGGAUGAGUGCGCUAUUCCAGGCGAAGCUACAAGUCUGAUCACUAUAUUAGCUGAGCAGCUGAAAAACCUCCACCAUAUUCAGCUUCGCUUUCUCAUCACCAGUAGAGCCGAGAAGCACAUUCUGGGGAGCUUUGAACAGUUACCUCAAAAUCUUCAUCGCUCAGUGGUGCUUGAAAAGAUCAAAGAAUUCGAUGAAGGAGAUGACAACAGAGACGACAUCAUGUUCUAUCUUGCCUAUAGUCUCGCCAAACUCACAAAAAAGCAUGCAGUCCCAGAAGGUUGCAUCACUGAAAGCACGAUAAAGGAACUGAGAAACAAGGCUGACGGUCUUUUCAUCUAUGCGGCAACCGCAUGUCGAUUCUUAGAUGCCGAGGACUUUGACGACGAUGAGGCCAGACAAGAGCGUCUGAAUCUGAUCCUGGAAAGCACUGCUGACAGUGAUGAGUUUGGAGACAAAGACUCGGAUAUAGAUGACUGGGAAGCCGACUCUCCUCAGAACAAAAUUGAUGAGAUCUAUCGAAAAGUCCUGUCGUUUCCAGACCGCGAAAGGAUGUCUCCAAGGAUAAGGCAAAAGACUUACAAUUCUCUAUGUACGCUCAUAGGCUUUCUCGUGGUCUUGUUCAAACCUCCUACUAUCCCGACUUUGAAAAAAUUCCUCCCCUCCCUGGCGGAUAGCCUCGACCGGUUGCUGAGGAAGCUCCACGCCAUUGUCUCCGUGCCCCCGAACGAAUCGACACGCCUUGAGCUAGUUCAUCAAUCCUUCCGGGAUUUCGUCUUAAGCAGGAAGCGAUCGAAACAGCUCAAGUUUGGAGUUCAAGAAAGAAAAAUGCACAAAGAAGCUCUCCUUCGCUGUCUUGAUCUCAUGUCAUCAGAGCUUCAUGAAGACAUUUGCGAAUUACGCUGGCCAGGAAUUGAUCAUUCUGAAAUAUCGCAAGAACGAGUCAGAGAUAAGAUUCAAGAGCAUCUACGAUACGCGUGUAGAUACUGGGUUGACCAUCUUUCAAAGUUAAAUGAUGAGGAUCGAAGUAGUGUUGGAGUCAUGGAUGGUGGAAAUCUCCAUAAGUUUCUUGAAAGUCAUUUCCUACAUUGGCUCGAGGCCAUGAUCCUUAUCAAGGAAACCGCUUCAGCUAUACCUAUGCUCAAUAAGCUACAGCUACUAGUCCGACCCUCGGAAUGUCCAGAUUUGUCUUCUUCUAUCUCCUAUUUCAAGCAAUUUAUAUUGGGCAACAGAUAUGUCAUCGAUGAAUGGCCCUUGCAGAUAUAUGUAUUUGCAACAACCUUCAGCCUCAAGGAUAGCAAAGCGCGGUCACUCUUCGAAGCUCACACGCCUCGUUGGAUUUCGCAAUUGCCAAAGGUAGAAGGACAAUGGACCUCACAGCUUUGUGGUCUGUACGGACAUACUGAGAAAAUAAUAUGUGCAGCUUUUUCUCCGGCUUAUGACCUAGUGCUCACAGUAUCGCUUGAUCGAACAGCCAGGCUGUGGGACUCGGUCACAGGAACUCAGCGUUCCAUUUUUGAAAAGGCAGAUUCCGAUGCAUAUACAUGCGGCGACUUCUCAUCGGAUGGGAAGUUUAUUGGACUGGGGACACGUUCCGGAAGGGUUGAGGUUAAGGAUUUCGUGGAUGAGAGGUCAUUUUAUUUGGGAGGUCAUAAGAAGGAUAUCGAGACUCUGACAUUCUCACCAAAAAGCAGAAAACUAUUUGCUUCAACAUCCAAGGACGGCGACCUCGGAAUAUGGGACGUUGAUGAAAGGUGCGCGAAGCGCGUCUUGCGUAUCCGCGAACCUUAUGGGUCGGAAGAGCCCCCUACUUCCGAAGAUCCUGAUCCUAUGAAGCUUCUUUGUCAGUUCACAGCUGAUGGCAGAUUCCUGAUAGUUGCGGGGACUUCUAUCAGUAUGACCAUGUGGAGUGUGGAGAGUGGAGAGUGCAUCAAAGUCUUUGGAGGUGCCGACACGACUUUCGUUAUGGAUAUUAACGUUUUUCCUGAUGGAAACAGCGCAACAAUCCUUCAAACCCCUUUGAUACGAAGGCCUGGGAGUGGAGAUGAAACUAUUAACAAGAGCAUCACCGAGAAUAUCGACGAUCUGGAUGAGGUAGUGAAGUUCAGGCACAUCAACAAUGACAUGGGUAGCCGCACUGUCACUAUCAUCAACUUGGCGACUGAAGAAGUUGAAUAUUACUCCGAUGAAAAUGAGAAAGUUCGAUGGAUCUCGACAACGACACAAAACGCGAAUCAUAUCUUGGUAGGAAGCGAUGACACGAUCGAAUUAGUUGACCUCAAGGCCUUGUCAAAGGUCGUGCUAUUUGAAAUUCCUGACUUCGAGAGUCUAGUGUGCAUCUCCCGACUUAAGCAAGAGGCAUGCGAGAUAUAUGACUCGCACGGCUGCCGAUUACCUCUUCCCAUCGAUCUGUCAGUAGCGUCCAUCUGCUUCUCACAUGAUGGAAAAUACUGUGCGUUGGGUCUGAGAAAUAGGACAUGUCAGUUGUGGAAUAAGAGCAUGGCUGCUCAACUGUUCCCUGACAAGCAGUGGCAGAAGAUCAUCUUCCCGCCCGAUGGUACAUGUAUCGCCUUGGUUUCGACUAGAGGGGAGAUAGAGGUCUUCGACGGGACGACCUUGGAUUUGAUAAUGGAAUGUGAGAAAACUUCCGAAUUUGACGUUGGAGAUAUCAAGCUUUCACCUGAUGGCCAAACCAUCGGCAUCUCAUAUACCGACUUCGUGGCUGGAAAUGCUUCUAUCGAGUUGUGGAGCGUGACAGCUACGGAGCCUAUUUGGCGACAGUCUUCUCCAAGGUGUAUUGAUUGCUUCAGCUUUGAGUUCUCACCAGAUAAUACGGUUUUCGCUUUAUGUUGGGGUGGUCGUCAACUUGACGAUCCUGGUUCAUGGGUAAUUCUGGACCUCUCCACGUUCAAGCAAACAAUAAGUGAAAACACUCCCUUAUUGGUGUUCCAUCCUAAAGGUCAUCUCUUUGCGAUGCUAAGAUUCACGGAGGAAGCCGAAGGGUACGUCGAUGUCAGAGAAACCGCUUCCAAGAGCUUGGUACGCAUAAUUGAGUGUGAUGUUCGGGGUACCGUAUGGAUGUCUUUCACACCAAGCGGAGGUCUUGUAUUGUCUGACAAUGAGGACGAUGACUCCGAGUCGACAGUCCUGAUGUUAGACAUCGAGAAGGGAUCUAAGAUUGGAUCUUAUACUAUCGGUGGAAGGAUCGAAGCUUUCUGGAUCUCUGAGGAUGGAUGCCUGAAUUGCUCAAAUGGUCGACUUCCUCUACCCUCAUCCCAUCGUGACCGAGAAGACAAAGACCCAAGCGCGACAAGGCAGGAUGAACAGAGUCUUCUAUUUUUAGGGCAAGACUGGAUAUAUCGUGGACUGAAGAAGAUUAUGCGGCUUCCUCCGGCAUUUGCAUCGUCGAAAUCGGUCCUGAAUGGCAACACACUUGCCACGGCUUAUAAAGAUCGGGAGUUGAGGCUUAUAAAGUUUGACCUGGAAAAAAUGCCGGUGUGCUGA